CAGGAAAAGAAGCGGAGCACAUACUGGAACAACAGCCACGAUUAAAGCCCGAGUGCUCAUCUCACAUACACAAAACACCGGGUUUCUAGAAAAUAAGCUCGUCAGUGUGCGAACAGCUGUUAAAGGUUAGUUUAACAGAAGUUUAGACCAGAAGAGAUUCAAGAACUCAGAUCAUCAGCUUUAGUCUGUGUGUUGGUGAUGGACUCCUCAGGUGUUUCUCCUGGGCUUCUUCACAUCAAGCUCCUCGCACUGGUGCUGAUGCUGGGCUUCUGUCUGCUGUGUGGAUUCAGUCCUGUGUGUGUCAUGAGACGAGCCACACGCUUCAGCUCAGAUCCAGGCUCUCGGCACAGGGUUUUGAGUCUGGCGUCGUGUCUGGCCUGCGGGGUUUUCCUGGCCUCUUGUUUGCUGGAGCUUCUGCCGGACUUUCUGAACCACAUGAGAGACACCUUCAGCCGUCUGCACAUCACCCUUCACUACCCUUUAUCCGAGUUCCUCCUGGCCAUGGGGUUUCUGCUGGUGUUUGUGGUGGAGCAGAUGCUGCUGGCGUUCAGAGAGCAGACGUCUGACGUGUCUCUGGAGAAGCAGGCGCUCGUAGACCCCCAUCGCUCCAGAAGCAGUCUGUCCUCGUGCGCGGUGGAUGCCGGUCUGCGUGUGUUUCUCCUGCUCUUCUGUGUGUGUGUGCGUGCGUUCCUGGAGGGUGUGAGCGUGGGGUGUCAGCGCGAGCGGCUGCUGGAGACGUGUGUGACGCUGCUGCUCCACAAGGCCCUCGUGGCCUUCAGUCUGGCUGUGCGUCUGACCCAUCACGCGCUCCGCCGGACGCUGGUGGCUGGUGCUCUGCUGCUGUUCUCCGUCUCGUGUCCGGCUGGGAUCGGGACGGCUCUGGCGCUGGAAGGGCUGAUGGACGGGCCUCAGGUCCAGCUGGUGCGCUGUGCCGUGGAGGGGCUGACGGCUGGGAUCUUCAUCAACGUGUGUGUGCUGGAGUCCGUGUGGCAGGAAUCGGGCUCGCAUCGCAUCCAUAAAGUGGCUUUCCUCCUCACCGGCUUCGCUCUGGUUACCGCCGUCCUGUUCAGCAAAGUCUGAAAUCGGAGAUUAGUCACAAAAAAUGGGUUUCUUUUUGAAACCGAUUCAUCAUAGGCCUCAUUGGUAGGGUUGGGUAUCGAUACCGGUGCCAAAUCGAUACUUUUAAAACGGUGCCUGAACUGA